AUGAAUUCCCGACUAGUUCGCAUUAGAUCGCUCUACCGCAAGAGCAGCAGCUCCACGUUCUCUACGUCAAGCGAGGAAUCCUCACAGGGUAGUGAGACUCCGUGUGAAUCGACUGCGAACUCCGACAGCAAAGUAUUCACCGCUUUGUAUUAUCUGCUUGCUGAGUCGGAAUCGGCACUGGAGUCAGACACAGAGUCUGCGCUGGAGUCCACGCUGUCGUCUUCUCCGGAUGAAUCAUCCUCUGAGACCUGGCGCCUUCUCCUGUCUGAGGCGGCGUCUGAGUCGCUGUCGGCGCUCGAAUCUGAGGCACUGUCUGCGCUGGAAUCCACGCUGUCAUCUUCACCUGAGGAGUCAUCUUCGGAGGCCUGGCGCCUUCUCCUGUCUGAGGCGGCGUCUGAGUCACUGUCGGCGCUCGAAUCUGAGGCACUGUCUGCGCUCGAAUCCACGCUGUCAUCUUCACCUGAGGAGUCAUCUUCAGAGGCCUGGCGCCUUCUCCGGUCUGAGUCUGCGUCAGCGUCGCUGUCGGCGCUUGAAUCCGAGGCACUGUCGGCACUAGAGUCAACGCUGUCGUCUUCACCUGAGGAGUCAUCUUCAGAGGCCUGGCGCCUUCUCCUGUCUGAGUCUGCGUCUGCGUCGCUGUCGGUGCUCGAAUCAGAGACACUGUCGGCACUAGAGUCCACGCUGUCGUCUUCACCUGAGGAGUCAUCUUCGGAGGCCUGGCGCCUUCUCCUGUCUGAGUCUGCGUCUGCGUCGCUGUCGGCGCUUGAAUCAGAAGCACUGUCGGCACUAGAGUCCACGCUGUCGUCUUCACCUGAGGAGUCGUCUUCGGAGGCCUGGCGCCUUCUCCUGUCUGAGUCUCCGUCUGCGUCGCUGUCGGCGCUCGAAUCUGAGGCACUGUCUGCGCUCGAAUCCACGCUGUCAUCUUCACCUGAGGAGUCGUCUUCGGAGGCCUGGCGCCUUCUCCUGUCUGAGUCUGCAUCUGCGUCGCUGUCGGCGCUUGAAUCUGAGUCACUGUCUGCGCUCGAAUCCACGCUGUCAUCUUCACCUGAGGAGUCAUCUUCGGAGGCCUGGCGCCUUCUCCUGUCUGAGUCUCCGUCUGCGUCGCUGUCGGCGCUCGAAUCUGAGGCACUGUCUGCGCUCGAAUCCACGCUGUCAUCUUCACCUGAGGAGUCAUCUUCGGAGGUCUGGCGUCUUUUCCUGUCUGAGGCGGAGUCUACGUCGCUGUCGGCGCUUGAAUCCGAGGCACUGUCAGCGCUGGAGUCCACGCUGCUUACACUGUCGGCGGAGGAAUCAUCCUCGCCAUCAACACUCGAGUCUUCCUGA